GUGAGGUUGGUGUGACGGGAACGCCGUAAGCUUCGUUAGGGAUCUCAUUUCUUUUGUUUAACUUUCUGUCAGUAACAAAGUCUAGAUUUUUAAAAUCGUAGUCAAUGGUAGAGCUCAACAUAGUGUUUUAAUGACGCCGUCUGAUGCAUUUUCUUUUAGAUCCGCGUAAAUGCAUGCUGCUUUUGUUUAGCUUUUCAACCGCGGUGUGACAAAACGCUAACUUUUAUGGUUUGUAACACUGCGAACUGCAGUUGGCUUUACGUUCGCUUCUUUUUUGUUUUCGUUUGAGGUGUGUUUGGUGAUUCAGUGAUGGAGGGAGAUUCUGUUACUUUAAAAGUGACACAAUGGCACUACUUUAACAACUCGUGCGAGCCGGUGUGUGUGAAUUAGGAGGGUGAUUCGCAUAAGUUUGAGUGUUUUCAGCAGACACUGAAUGGAAAAUGUUUCAAGUGCUUGUUUUGUUCUGUUUGUGCUGGAGACGGCUGCUCGGUGUGUUUGGAGCUGAAACGCAGUCAGUGAUGGAGGGAGACUCUGUCACUCUAAACUCUGAUCUUACUGAGAUAUGUGCAGAUGAUGUGUCCUGGAGUUAUAGAGAUACAAACUCUAUAAAGUUAGCUAAAAUCAAUAGACAGGCUAAAACGUCCUUCAUAUCUGAUGUUCCUGAUGAGAGAUUCAGAGACAGACUGAAGCUGGACGAUCAAACUGGAUCUCUGACCAUCACAAACAUCUCAACUGAACACACUGGAGUUUAUCAACUAGAGAUUGAUGGAGCAAAACUGAUAUCAAAAACAUUCAGUGUUUCUGUCUAUGCUCUUCUGUCUGUUCCUGUCAUCAGCAGAGACUGUUCUUCAUCCUCCUCAUCCUCACAGCAGAAUUGUUCAUUGGUGUGUUCAGUGGUGAAUGUGGGUCAUGUGACUCUCUCCUGGUACAAAGGAAACAGUUUAUUGUCCAGCAUCAGUGUGUCUGAUCUCAGCAUCAGUCUCUCUCUACCUCUGGAGGUGGAAUAUCAGGAUAAAAACAGCUACAGCUGUGUGCUCAACAAUCCCAUCAGCAACCAGACUCAACAUCUGGACAUCACUCAGCUCUGUCACACAUGUGCAGCACCAGACGGAGCGUCUCCUUCACACACAGUCUCUCUGAUCGUGCUGAUCGCUGCUGGAUCUCUGCUGAUCAUAACUCUGUUUGGGAUCUUCUGCAUCCACAGGAGAAACAGAAAAACUGAUCAAGAAGCUGUCGAUGAUGUAGCUGUAGCAGUUCAGACUCACGAUGAAGAGAUCAUUUACGCUGAUGUGACGUUCUACAAAAGAAAUCCACAAGAAAUGACAGCUACAGAGGAUAAACAUGUGGAGUAUUCAACUGUCCGCAUAAGAUUAUGAACCUUAUAUUUUUCUAAGUACGAAUCCCUUUCACUAGACAUUUGGAUUCAGUAUGUGCACAUUUCGAGAUGGCGGAGAAUCCACACAGAUAUGUAUAGGCCUGAAAUCAGCACCAAUUCUGGAACAAAAAUCGAAACGUUAACGAGCUCAGCUCAGAUUGAGCGUCUGAGUGAUACACAUGCAAUUUGAUCAGAAUUUUUUGAACAUUUGCAGUUGAUGUGCAUUUGAGAGUGCAUGUUAGAGGUUUGGAUUUGUGUGGUCGAAGGACUUUUUUUUUUUAUCCGUGGCUGCUAAUGUGAAACUCGCCAUUUCCUGAACUGCAUGAUCAUCAGACAGAUACGAUCUUCUCUCAAAUCAAACAGUGAUUUACUGUGAAACCUCACUGUGUGAAAUGCACAAAUAUCAUGGGUUUCUUGUAAGUGAAAAAUACAGUGUAAUAUUCAAGUACAUAUCCUU